AUGAAAACGAAAAAAAGCGAGAAUACGUUUUACUGCUUGAGUCCCGAGGAGCUGCUUCAAACUGCUGAAGAAAUACUGCAAGAGGUAAGAACGGGACACGAUGUCGGUUUCNGGGAGGGAAAUUGGUUCUUCACUCUUCCCUAAUCAUCAUCGUGCUGCACUGAUGUCGCCAAUUACAAAGGCUAACUUGAGGACAGACCUUCCUUGAUCUCAGCAGUUUCGUUUAUUGUAGGAUGAAAACGAAAAAAAGCGAGAAUACGUUUUACUGCUUGAGUCCCGAGGAGCUGCUUCAAACUGCUGAAGAAAUACUGCAAGAGGUAAGAACGGGACACGAUGUCGGUUUCGCCUGGUCUUGUGUUAAUACUAACUAUUCUUUUUUCGUAACAUUUACUUUUGGCGUCAGUACCAUGUCUCUUACAAUAAACAGCAUGGAAAUAAGCCGUUCAAUGCUAAGGACAGUAGAAAACAAUCAACAGCCGACAGGGAGUCCCGUGCGAAACUAAGCAAUCUUUCAGCACCACACUCUCAAGGAAUCACUGAAAGGUAAAAGGAAAGAGACGCCGUCUUUUCUUCUGUUUGUUCUUAUUAUUUUUAUAAAGCAAGGCUAUGUUCCUAAGGGACGGACCAUUAGAAUUAACCAAAGGGGGGUGAAAAAUUUUUGGUGCAUGAAUUUUUUUUAAAAGCCCGCUUGUUUGCAGGAAUUUUUUUCUAGAGCACAUAGGAUUCUUUCUUUAGACAAGUUUCCUUUGCAGGAAUUUUGUUUGGGGAGUUGUCACCCCACCUCCGUUUAUUUCCAAUGGUCCGUCCUUAUUUCGAUGUGUCGCUCAAAAUCCUCAAACUGAAACUUUAAUGGCAACGAAGAGAAAAUUCCUCUCAAAAUUCUUUGCGGUAGUGAUGCCAGUAAAAGCAACCCAAGGUAAAGUUGAUAGACUUGUGUAGAUUAAUCUAUUCAGUAAAUUUAAAUUAUGUGCAAAAUUUUCAACUUAAAAUCCAUAUAAAAUUGAAAACUAAUGAACUUAAACUGAACGCAUAACCACCGGGGAGGGGGGAGGGGAGGGGAUGGUAGGCUCCAGGGUCCCUCGACAGUAGGGAUCAUAAGCAACGACGAUGACGACGGCAAUGAAAACAUCGCUAAAAAGAUGAAUUUGCGUUCUUUCAAACUUAAUCGCGUCUAUUUGGACCCGCUCAAUAUGUCAAAUCCAGGCGACUUUUCUUGGAGUUGAAUUCUUAAGGAUUUUAUUCAAGUUCAAAACUGAAGAGGAAGGAAAAUUCGUCGUCGUAUGUCCGCGUCCUCAAUUAAACGUCCAAUUAGGAGGUUUCACGUCGUAGUCGUGCAGUGGACGUUCAAGAAGUGUGCUAAAAAGCGGGAUGCAUGUGCAGAGCUGUUGUUUUGAUUAUUAAACCUAUUGUUUUUUCAAGUUGUCGUCGUCGUCGUCGUAGUUACUUAACCUCUGUUAUGACUUCAGUUGAACAAGACUUCUGUCAGCAAGACUUCAGUUGGGGUCGAAAGCUUUUAUUAGUUUUCACUCUCAUCUGGAUUUUAAGUUUAAAAUUUUGCUACUCAAAACACCAAUCGAAAGAGAACUCGACAAAAUGUUAGAUAAGAAGGGGAAAGAGGUGUUUAUUGGCUUUAAUUUUAAAUGUACUUUAUUGACUGGUCAUGAAAAUAUUGCGAGACCCCGUUAAGACCUUCAUUUGCAACCUCGUUCCCAGGGUUGUCUACGCUACUCGUCCCCUAGACGAGAGAAGACAAGUAGGGGAGAACCCUCAAAAAAGAGAAUGCUUUUUACAGGGAGAAAUGUAGACGAUAAUCUUUACGAAUAAAACCUGAGGAACAUUUCGUUAAUAAAAACCCAGUCACAGCUCAGCGGUAGAACGACUUGAACGGGUUUUUGGGAGGUCAUGGGUUCAGAUACCAUCUUGGACUCUUUGUCCCACGUCACGUGACGUAAUCGAACGUGACUGCGCAUGACCAUACCUCCUCGUAAUGAUUCCAUUUUUGUUUCUUGUUUGCAGAACAAAUAUCGCUUCCUCUGUGGACGAUGAUUUACUGAUUAAGGAGACGUGUACAGAAAAAAGCCUACCAGAUGCUCGCUCAAGUGAUUCGAUUGGUGGUUUAGUUAUUCCCGAAACUGUUGCAACUGUUAAGACACAAUCACGUUGUAAAGAGGACGAUAGCACGGGCUCAAAUGAACCGUCUUUAAUCGUGGCAGAAAAUGGUAGUUGUGAGCAAGAAAAAUACCAGGUCAGGACAUCAAUACUGGAUGACUUUAUCUGA